UUUCAAUCCAGUGAUUAUAAUAAAUUUCCCACGUCAACAUCUCACAUGAUUUAGAUGAGCUCCAUUUUGAUCAUCAUCUCGGCAAUAUUUUGUGAAGCUGGAUGACAUUGGCUGGUAGUUGACUAACAUCAGAUAGCCAAUGGCGUUAAAGAAAGUGAAAGGAACCCUUGAAAGGGUGUUAGACAAAAAUUUGCAGGAUUUGGUUCGAGGAAUCCGCAAUCAUAAAGAAAAUGAGGCAAAGUACAUAGCCGAGUGCAUUGAUGAAAUCAAACAGGAAUUGAAACAAGAAAAUAUUGCAGUCAAGGCAAAUGCUGUCAGCAAGCUAUCAUAUCUACAAAUGAUUGGUUAUGACAUCAGCUGGGGAGCGUUUAACAUCAUAGAGGUGAUGAGUUCCAGCAAAUUUACUUUCAAGAGAAUUGGAUACUUAUCAGCAUCCCAAAGUUUUCAUGAUGGUACAGAUGUUCUUAUGCUGACAACUAAUAUGAUUAGGAAGGACCUUAAUAGUCAGAAUAUGUAUGAUGCAGGAGUAGCCCUUUCUGGUCUGUCAUGUUUUGUCACACAGGACCUAGCCAGGGAUCUUGCAAAUGAUAUCAUGACAUUGAUGACGUCAACCAGACCUUACUUGAGGAAGAAGUCUGUAUUAAUCAUGUAUAAAGUGUUCCUACAGUUUCCUGAAGCACUCAGACCAGCUUUUCCAAGACUGAAAGAAAAGUUGGAGGAUCCUGAUCCAGGUGUUCAGUCAGCAGCUGUGAAUGUAAUCUGUGAACUAGCAAGAAAGAAUCCUAAAAAUUACCUGUCAUUAGCACCGCUAUUCUUUAAACUAAUGACAAGCUCAACAAACAACUGGGUUCUUAUCAAAAUCAUUAAACUGUUUAGUGCAUUAACACCAUUGGAACCUAGACUGGGUAAAAAACUGAUAGAACCAUUAACCAACCUUAUACACAGUACUUCGGCCAUGUCUCUCCUGUAUGAAUGCAUCAACACAGUCAUAGCAGUACUCAUUUCUAUAUCUUCAGGCAUCCCAAACCACACUGCCUCCAUACAGCUAUGUGUCCAGAAAUUACGAAUAUUGAUUGAAGAUUCUGAUCAGAAUUUAAAAUAUUUGGGUCUCCUGGCUAUGUCGAGGAUAUUACAAUCCCAUCCUAAGAGUGUCCAGUGUCAUAAAGAUCUCAUUUUACAGUGUUUAGACGACAAGGAUGAAUCAAUACGAUUAAGAGCUCUAGAUUUGUUAUAUGGAAUGGUUUCCAAGAAAAAUUUAAUGGAAAUUGUAAAGAAACUUAUGGUACAUAUGGAUAAAGCUGAAGGGACGCAUUACAGAGAUGAAUUACUAGCUAAAAUUAUAGAAAUCUGUAGUCAGUCUAAUUAUCAAUAUGUCACAAACUUUGAAUGGUAUGUAAGUGUUUUAGUUGAGUUAACAAGGAUGGAAGGAACUCGUCAUGGUCGACUGAUUGCCUCACAGAUGCAGGAUGUUGCUAUUCGUGUCCAAGCAAUUAGAUCAUUUGCUGUCAGUCAGAUGGCAGUGCUGUUAGAAAAUUCUCAUGUAUUAUCAGCUAACUCCCAAAGAAAUGGAAUAUGUGAAGUUCUAUAUGCUGCUGCAUGGAUCUGCGGAGAAUUUGCUGAGCAUUUAAAGAAUCCCAAAGAAACAUUAGAAUUUAUGCUGCGACCAAAGAUUACCUCCCUUCCUGGUCAUAUACAAAGUGUUUAUGUACAAAACAUCCCCAAGUUGUACGCUAGAAUAGUGAAGGAAGCUGAGGAUGAGGAGGAUAAUGACACUGUGAAGGAAGUCACACAAAUGAUGUUAGAGAAAUUACCCAUGUUUGUACAAAGUUCAGAUUUAGAGGUUCAAGAAAGGGCUUGUUGUAUACUACAGUUAGUAAAAUAUGUAGUAAAAUUAAUGGACAAAGAUACCAAAGUGGGAGAAGAAGUAGUGGCCUUAUUUUCUGGAGCAUUAAACCCAGUAGCUGAAAGGGCACAGAAGAAAGUGCCAGUACCAGAAGGGUUAGAUUUAGAUAAAUGGAUCAACCGUCCUCCUGCAGAAAGUUCAGAUGAUGAACCAGUUAGAGCAUCCAUAUUUACCUUCAACCACGAAGAUCGCAGAGGUGAAUACACUAGUUACCACAAUGAUAAGAAGGCAUAUGUAGAACCAACAGACGAAGAAUUAGAAGUGCGAAGGGAACAAAGAAAAGUUGAACAGAUGCAUAAUCCACAUUACUUAAAAGUAGACAGUAAACAAAAGAGGUCUGAUAGCGGUAAUUCAGAAGACAUUCCAUUAUCACAGAUCGAUUUAUCUGUGCCAUUACAUGUACCAGGUCUUUCAUCAUCAGAUAAAUAUCUACAACUUGACAGCUCAUCUAAACCCUCAAAGAAAGAUAAAAAGUCCCGACGUAAGAAGAAGAAACAUCAACAAGAUGAUUCUGAUGAGGACAUACAACCUGCCCAUGAAGUCAGUACUGUCGUGGAUAUGCCUGAGGGCACAGUAGAUUCUGACAAAGACGAUGACAGACCAAAUGAUCAAUUUAAAAAGUUAGACAUGGAUUUAGAUAUGCCAUUAAGAGAUGAUGAGAUAAUAAAAGCCCCAACACACAGGGUAGUACUUGAUAACCAGACUGAUCACUUAGACGAAGAGAAACCAAAGAAAAAACAUAGGAAAGACAGAGAGGAAAGGAGAAAACAUAGAAAAGAAGGCAAGGAAAAGUCAUCAAAGAAGAAAGAAAAGAAAAAGAAAGAAGAAUCAAGUCUUCUUAUUGCUGAAGAAAAUGAGAAUUCUCCUGAAAUGGAGGUUGUAGCAAAUGGCCCUAGUGACCAUGCAGCUGCAGAAUCACCAGACCAUCAGAAAGAAAAAUCAGAUAAGACUGAUGAUCUUGAUUUUUGGUUGUCUAAAAAUGAUACAACUCCCAGCGCUUCCAAAUCAGAGAAAACAAUGGAAAAUGACGUUAGACCUACACCUGUUAUUACUGUAGCUAGUGAUGAAGAAUUGGAAACUAAAAAGCCAAAAAAGAAGAAAGAAAAGAAGGUUAAAAAGGAGAAAAAAGAAAAGAGAGAUAAGAAGAAAUUGUUGAGGGCUGAUUAUGAAGUAGCAGAGGGUAUAACUACUCCAUCAAAAGAACAAGUUUCUCCAUCACAGAUGGACACUCCUAUAAAUGUGCAAUUUCCUCCAAUGUCAACAUAUCAGACACUUGGAGAAAACAAGUCUUUAAAACUUACGUAUGAAAUCCGAGGGAGUCAUCAGCGUCAUGACCAGGUGGUUGUCUCUGUUGUGUUCACAAAUCUGACGUCCAAUCAGAUUAAAGAUUUGGAAUUAAAUGUGUUAGAUAGUCUAAAUGCUAAAUUAAUAAGAGGGAUUGGAUGUUCUCAUCGAGAUCCUGUAAAGGUCCCUUUUGUUUUACUGCCUAAUACCCAGAAUGAGGGCCAGUUUGCCUUCUCUGUUGAUAGUAUUAAUAUACCUCAAAAACUCAAAGGCACAUUAACUUACAUGGAAAAGACUGAUGAUGGGUCGACACAUGAAAAAUUAGAUUUUAAAAUUAACUUUAGAUGCAGUGAUUUCCUUAUAAGUACUCCAUGCAAAAGUUCUGAGUUUGCAUCAUUACUGGGAAGUGGUGACCUGAAUGAAAAAUCAUCAAUAAGUUUUACCCCAUCAGAUCAAGAGUUUCCUUUAAUUCUAGCCAAAAUAUGUUUUCAUCUUCAUUUUAGAGUUGUGGAACAAGUGCCAGACAGUGCUUCAUUGUACAGUAAAUCAAUACGUGAUCAUCCCGUUUGUUUAUUAGUUAAAAUGGUAAAAAAUGACAUUAAAGUUGAUGGUAAAGGAACAGAUUCUGAUAUAGUGUCCAAUAUAUUACAAGAUAUAAAGUCUGUUCUACUGUAGCCUUUGUAUAUCACCUAAUUAUUGAAUUCUGUUUAUUUAUGAACUUACUUUUGACUUUAAUCAUUGUGAAAAGAUUCGUUUUUUGUCAGCAUUAGCGACUUUUUUUGUCACUUACUACUUUGUGAAAGGAAUCAAAGUUAUCAGAAAAUAUGACAUAGUUGUUAUUGUAAUUGAUUUAUAGCAAAUGGCUAUUUCUGAACAGUUUGCUUUUGCUUGCUUAAUUGAUGUUGCUUCAAGCACAUAUGUCACCCAAAGAUGGCAGUUUAAGUUAAGUAUCUUCAACCUGAAAACUAGGUCUAAACUAAUAGGAAAUCUUAAUUUUUAAAAGUAAAUUUUAUGUAGUAUGCUUCUUUAAAAACUGAAACAUCUUCUUUUGAGACUAGAGGACAAAAAGUACAUAUGUUUUUGAAUGUGUAUUUGAAGAAAUUGUUAUAGAGUUUAAUUUUCAUAAGUGGUUAUUUUCUUUUCAAGGUGCAUUUCUUGAUAAAAAAACGUUUGUUACAAUGAAAAGACUGUAAUAUACGGUAUCAGUUAAAGAUAGAAGCUGUUAUUUUUUCUAUUGUAAAAUCCAUUUUCUAUAUUUGACACCUUAUAAAAAGUUAAUAUUUUUUGACAAGAUAUAAUAUACAGUAAAAAGUUACUUUAAUUUAUUGGUUUCUUUUCAGUCUAGUCACUGUCUCAUAGUAUAGACAAUUUACAACCAAUCAAAUUGUUCUCUUAAGGAGGCAAUUCUAACAAGAUUGUGAAAUGAAAUUGCCACUUUUGACUUCUGUUAGUGUCAAAUAAUCUAAAUAUGUAUUCACCAAUUUCAAUAUAUUAAUCUUAUUUAAAAAGUGAUAAAUCAUUAAUCUUUAUGUAGUACCCCACUCCCGCCCUAAUUCAUGGUUGUUUACUUUCUGUACUAAUAAUGUGUCAUCAUAUCUUAUUCACCACCUUUCACUUUUGAGAUUACCUUUCAUUAUAAGGAAAUGUAUCCCUUUUGAUGAGAUUGACAUUUUGUAAAAUUCUAUCUUGUAUAUCUUCAUUUACUUAAUGUGAUGCUCUUAUUUCAAUAAAUUAAUAUAUCCUGAAUAAAUGAUCAUAAUUUACUGAAAACUGUUCAAAUACAAAUACUAUUUUAUUCAUAAUUGUACUAUAAUAGACCACUUUAGAGUUCAUCCGUCACCGGCAAAAACACAUCAAUUAUGCACGCCUUUAUGACGUCAUUUACCAGUUAGAGGGGAUCCCUGCUUUAUCAACGUUCAUCAAGCCUCUUAGUGAUCAUCAUUGUGCAGGAUAAACUAGAAAUAAUUGUUGUUCUGUAGGUACUUACUGACAAUUCCCUAAUGACAGCAGUGUUGAUUGUCAAUUUUGAGAAUUCAAAUUGCCGAAUAAUUCGUACAAUACAGAAUUAUAGUUUUCCAACCACCCAAUCAACAUUGGUAGGGAAGUGAUGACGCCCCUAAACUCAAAUGAGGUUCACUAAAACCAGAGUUUUUGAGCAGAAAUGCAUCGAACUCGAAAGUUGUCUAUUGUUUCCAUUCCGUUCUAUUACUUGUCAAAACUAAGUUUGUUGGACAUUUGAGGAUGUCACAGAUAGAUCAAUAAUUAUGACAGAGACAUUAUUUAUAAAGUCAAGUAUAAAAGUUAUAACAAAUCUUCUCAGAGAUCAGCAGUGCAAUGCAAGAAUGACUAUGUGUUCACAUUUUUAUUCAAAUUUCUGUGUUUUAAGACAUGGGGCAUAACUCUAUAUCUUAGUUUUGAGUUUUGCACUGUGAUCUAUAUUUUUAGCAUCAUAAUAAAGCUGAUUGGUCUGAAAGUUUUUGAGAUAUUGAUAGUCUUAAAACAAUUUAUAAACUAAGAAGGUAUGAAUGUACAUGAAUGGCAUAAUUUUGCCCCAUAUAAAAUUGUAAUAAUUAUAAUAUGUGGAUGGACAAUAUGUGCAAUUUCCGUCACUUGCUGUUACAAAAUAUUAUAAGUUGAAUACAUAAAAUAUAUCAGGGCCCUUGUACACAUUACAAAUAUUUUGCACUAAUAAAGUUAUUUGAAUUAGCUCAUUAUUUGUCAGAUUCUGAGAAAAAAUCCCUAGUACCUUUUUCUAACAUUUAUUUCUUUCAUGAUUUUAUAUUAAUUAUUAAGUGUCCAGAAUUCAAAUUGUGUAGAUAGUAUAGUAGGAAAUGUUAUACAAGGUCAACAAUUGAAAAUAAAAAUAUGUGUUUUUUUUGUUUUUCUGAUUUAAAAAAGUGCACAAUAGCAGUUUUUCAUGUGGCUGCUAUCGUAUGUUUAAAGACCAGCUUAUUUUGUAUAUGAUGCAGUAUGUUUAAAGAAUGACUGCAGCAACUUAUUUAUUACUUUAUAAAGUGCUACAAUUUGAUUACGCUUUAAAGUCUCUUUUUGUUAAAACAGUUUUAUUUUAAACUGUUUAAUAUAAUAUUUAUUGUAAAGCUUUAAAAUGUACUAGAUCUACUAAUGUGAACUUUGAGACCACCAUAGUUUGUUUAUACAUGUAAUACCUCAUGGAAAACCCAUCACAAAUGAUUUUUUUCCUUAACAUCAGUACCAAUAUUUUUCAAAAACUUCCAGUUAUGAAAUGAGCUCAAAGGUCAAAAUCAGUGUAGUUGUAGAGGUUGAGUUAUGUUCUAGUCUUGUAAAUAAUGGUAUGAACUUUGUUUAUAGGAUAUAGAAGAUAAUUCUGAGAGGGGUCCAAGAGUUUAUUUCAUCACCCAUCUGUUAUACUAAUUACCAGGCGAAAGCUUUUUGGUUAUCCUUCAUUUGUAAUUGAACAUUAAACAUUUGUUUCUUUGAAACAUUCCCUAUUUCCAUUCUUAAUUGUAUUUCUUAAACUAAAGUGGUUCUAUCAAUAAGAAUAUUUCAUAAAUAAAGUAAUAUUAUUAAUUUCAUAAAAUGAAUAUUUCUGAAACAUUUCAUUUUAAAUUGGUAUAUUUGAAAUAAAAAAAAAAAGUUACAUACAAGAUACAGAAAAGAUAUUACAAAAAAACAUGUUUGGAAAUUAUUGAAAGAACGUUUGUUUGUUUCCUGAAGCCCUACAGACAUACAGUGGUAGCAAUUCACAAUUACUCACCACUACAAAUGUUAACAAUUACUUAUCUUUUACAAGGUAAAAUACUAAAGCUGCUGAAUUGUAGAAUUAGUGGAGGGAAGUAGAGAUAAUUUGGGUUUUUGUUGAAAUUAUUAUGUUUGUCUGAUGUUAUAUGUAUUUUUUCUUUGAUAUCUAGAUGAAAAGUAAUUUGACCAAAUUCCUAUAGUGCUUCAUGUCAUUAUUAUAGUUUUGUUGUUAUUUAUUUAUAUUGUUUUGUUGUCCAUGCACACUGCAUGUAUAUAAUAUAACUAAUCAUCACAAAAUGUGAAUAAAAAUGUGAUAAGUUUAUUUUAAAAAGAGUAUGUCAAAUAAUUUGUAAAUAAGAAAUAAAUUCAUUUUACAGGA